AGUUUAGUGAAAUCAUCCGGAUAAGAUGCUGGCCUUUCUAUUCGCGCUAGUGCCACUAGUAAUUGUUAACUCUGUAAUCGGUCAAGAAUUUGAUUCUUAUCGGCUACCGAAUAACACCCGGCCAGAAUCGUAUAAUCUGAGCAUUCAGACCUGGAUCGACGAUGCUAAUUUGACAUUCGUCGGAUCCGUGCGCAUUGGAAUUGUAGCUGUUGAAUCGACCAAUUUUAUUCGGCUACAUCAUGAUGUCCAACAAAUCCAAAGUGUUCAAGUGUUAUCAGCAGACGAGACUCCGAUCACUAUCGGCGACCAUUCGUACAAUACGCAAUUUGACUUUCUGACCAUACCGGUAAUUGGAAGUAAUUUGACGCAAGGAACGAGAUAUUUCGUGGACAUAGAGUACGUUGGAUUCAUGAAUUCGUUCAGUGGAUUUUAUCGCUCCUUUUAUGACAUUGGUGCAACACGUAUUUGGUUUGCAUCCACCCAAUUUGAAGCUACGUAUGCGCGUAGUGCAUUUCCAUGCUAUGACGAACCUCAGUUGAAAUCCAACUUUACUAUUCGCAUCACGCACGCAUCUUCUUAUUCAGCCCUGUCGAACAUGCCAGUUAGAAUUGUAACUCCGAAUUCUGAUGGGUCUGCAACGACGGAAUUCGAAACAACACCGCCUAUGUCAACUUAUCUUAUCGCCUUUCACGUUUCUGAUUUUCCGAGUGUAACAAGCCCCACACCCGGAUCGAUACCACAGAGAAUAUUUUCAAGGUCAACUGCAAUCAAUGCAACAAGUUUAACUUUGGAAACUGGCAGCUCGGUUUUGGAUGCGUUGAUCGACUAUAUUGGAGUCGAUUACUCGCUACCAAAAUUAGAUCAUGUCUCCGUACCUGGUUUUCCUUCUGGAGCAAUGGAAAAUUUUGGACUAAUUACUUAUGCUGAAUUUUUCUCCCUCUUCGAUGAAAGCACUGAUUUCUUUACCAGGCACUUCGAAACAGUUCAAAUAAUUUCGCAUGAAGUUGCACAUCAGUGGUUCGGAAACCUAGUAACGCCGAGCUGGUGGACGUACUUAUGGAUGAAGGAAGGAUUCGCCACCUUCUUUGAAUUUUUGGGCGUUGACUUGAUUCAUCCCGAAUGGCAAAUGAUGGACUAUUUUGUCGUUGAUGUGAAUCAAUACGUCUUCCUAACGGAUUCAGACGAAUUAGCCCAACCGAUGACCUAUUACAUUGAACAUCCAGUUGAUAUUGAUUUUCAUUUCAACAGCAUCGCGUACAGUAAAGCCGCGGCAGUACUAAGAAUGUUUUGGUUAACAUUCGGAGAAAAUACGUUCAUGAGGGCUUUGACUUGGUACCUGGAGGACAAUGCAUAUUCGGAUGCUGGUGAACAAGAACUCUUUAAUGCAUUGCAAGAGUCGGUUCAGUUAGAAACUGAGUCGAUUAUACCACCUACUGUCGAUGUUCCGACAAUUAUGGCAACAUGGACUAGACAGCCAGGGUUCCCACUUAUAACAGUAGUGCGAAACUAUGACGACAGAACCGAUCAAGUCACACUAAGGCAACAGAGAUAUUAUUCCUUCCCACCAACCGAGACAGAAAAUACGACUUGGUGGGUGCCAUACAAUUUGGUUACUCCCAACAAUCCGGGCUUUGAAAAUGUUCGCGCAGAUGGUUGGAUACCUCAAAACAGCACUUCGUGGGAAAUAACUGUAGAUUCUCUGGGUGCUGAUGACUACUUGUUAAUCAAUAAGCGUGCUGCUGGCUACUACCGAAUUAUGUACGACGACAGGAAUUUCAGGCUCAUUUCCGAUGCCAUUCUUCGAAAUGGAUCUCUAUUCCACACAACCAACAUUGCCCAGUUGAUGGACGACACAUUGGAAUUCUAUCGAACUGGUAGGAUAUCGCUGAUCCCGGUUCUAGACGUACUGCGUGUUUUAGAAAUCCAGUCGGAUUUUGUCAGCUGGAACCGAGCCUUUUCGACUCUUUUCUUCAUUAGUCAAAACUUCAGGGGUCACCGGAACUAUGAUAUGUGGGCUGAUUUUGUGCGCAGUCUAACAGAAGAAUUGUAUGAUUCCAUAGGAGUAGAAGACACCCCAGGCGAACCGAUUUUACGGAAGUUUGCUCGGGAAUCGAUCGUUCAUUUAGCAUGUCAAAUGGGUUCAGUGCACUGUCGAAGCGAUGCCAAUCGACAACUACGUCGCCACUUAGAAACUGGUGAAGAGUUCCAUCAAAACAUUCGACACACGUUAAUGUGUGCAUCGUUGCGAAGUGCAACAAGAACCGACUUCCAUUCAAUGUGGAAUCGGCUUAUGUCGUUGCCAUUGGAGUAUUUCAGUGAAAGAACUGAAAUAAUCGAAUGGUUGGCUUGUUCGCAGUCUCGCGUCUUGUUGAAUGAAUUUGUUAGAUCGUCGAUCAACUCGACCAAUUCUAACAAUGUCGAGUACACCUAUUUCGAGCAGUACAGCGUUUUCAAUGCAAUCGUUCGAAAUGCUGGUAAUAUUGGCCUUGGCGUUGCACUGGAAUUUUUAAACGAAAAUGCUGUUGAAGCGUUCCACACGUAUGGUCAGUGGUUCGUUCAGAGUCUUGCAUUCGUCGUAAGUAACGCUGAACACGCUGAACUGUUCCUUACAUUCCAACACAUCUUACUCGAUGCGGGUUUGAUGGUUCAAGGAGAAAUCAAUUUCAAUAUGGAACAAGUUGCCGAGUCUGCGAAAUGGCUAGAGACAGAGGGUGAAGUUGUCAAUGAUUGGCUUUUGGAAAACUUUGCUUAAAGGAUUUGUGAAUGUCGUUUCGUUUAAGAAAUAAAACUUUUAUUAACCUGUCA